AUGACACACCAAAGAAGAGUCACCGUGGCGCUGCAUUGCUUCGUUAACCGGCUAGAGGGUGCAGUUGCGCCGUCACGUUUUCGGCGCGCUUUUGACACUGACUCCACUCCACUCUGUACUGUGAAACGGGAGAACCGGGUGGGAGGAAGGGAAGUGGCUGUUCUCGUAACCUGGGCUGGUACCCCCUGGCUACCAUUGUGUUGGAGAACCGUUGCCGCCGACGGUUGGAGCGGGGAGUCCUCGGUGACCGUUGGCCUGCCAGAGGCGAGCUCCAUCUUUGAAGCAGAACCGGAGGGUGAGUAGAACCGAAGGUGGCUAAUGGUCGCUAUGUAGCGCUAGCUAAUUAGCCUGUCUGAGUGGAACAGCCCCGUAUGUCGGGCCAUCGAUGUCAUCCAUUCCUAGAUGAGGCCAAUUACAAAGCUAUGACUCCGGGGUGAGCCUCUGUUUGUCGGACCCUUCAGCUCGACGGUGCCGUUAGCAUUCAGACAACAUUAGGCUGUUGUUGCUAGCUGUCCCCGGCCAUGUCCUGCUCUAGUGUAUCCUUAUUAGAAUAAAUUCACCUGCUAGAAUAAUAUCAACCCUUAGUACUUAGUUUUAAAACACAGGGAACAUGUAUUUGUGCUGUUAGGAAACUCAAAGUGAACUUUAAAGCGGGAUAGUCUCUAUUUUAUUCGUAUUUGAAGCUAUUAGAAGUAGUUUGAUCCCUGAGAAAACAGAUGCUGUCAGGAUCAUGACCACGCUACAUCACUUGAUACCGGAUGAACGAUGGAUGUUGUUUCCAUCUUGGGUCAAGAUGGAUUCAUGAGGAAGUGGGGGAAGUUUGCCCCACCCUUCAAACACUGAUGGUGGAAGUAAAGUUAUUCUAUUUUACUCCAGGGAAUGCGACACCUCCACCUACUCUCAUUACUGUGAGGCUAAAUUGAGCUACAGCCACUGUGGUAACAUAUAUGUAUAUAUAUGUUCAACAGCAGUAAUGUUGGUAUGCAGUAGGGGUUGACCGAUAUACGCCGAUAUUUAAAGAGAGGAUGGCCCAUAUAUUUGAAGCAGGUUUUAUGUUUUCUUUUAUAUCCAAAAUAAUUGAAUAAUUGUUAAGAAUAAUAGCAAAUGUGACACUGAAUUUUAUGUAAGUAUUUUACUAUUUUUGACCUUGUCUGGCUUGGUAAAAUGUUCCCAUAAGAGAGUAAAAUAAAGGUCAAUAUAUCUGGUUUAAGAAAUGUAUUAUUACAUGUAGGGCUUGGCGAUAUGGGAAAAAGUUUAUCACAAUAUAUUUAUUCAUAUCAGUCGAUAUCGAUAUGCAUAUCACGAUGUAAAAAAAGAAAUUUAACAGUGCUUAUUGGUAGCUUAUUGGUAUGUCUUUUGCAAAACAAUAAGCUACUGCAUCUGUCAGGUCUUUGUGUCUCUUUGGCGGACUGAAUGGUCGGCUGUUUCGGCUGCACAGGCGCCAUGGGCUCCUUGCUCCGCUCGGAGUUUGUAACCUUUUGCAUUCUGCACACUCUGCCAUGUGGCGCUGCUUCAGAUGGUGAAUAAGAUUUGAUAUAUUCCUGAACUUUGCGAGAACAUGUACUCGACAUAAUUUGCAGUGCACGUUACUCUGCUUCAUGUCCGACCUCAAAAAAACAAAACACCUCCACACCAACAACGUUUUCGUGCCAGUGUCGUCGACGAUGUCAUCAUCUGUUGAGCCUUCAUCUGUAUUUCUGUCGGGGGUAGCACUCAUUUUCUUUCAGUGCUGUCAGUUUCAUGUGUUAAAGUCCUAUGGUUGCUACUACUUGUUGUUUGCUACUUGGUUCCAAUUCAGCAUGAUUAGUUCAGCAUAAAGUGGACCAGGAGCAACUCCCCUUUUCAAUGGCUAUUUGGGUUUUAUCACCCAGCCCUAAUUACAUGCACAUUGCAAUCUAAGACACACAGUUACACAAACCAGUAACUGUUUUAUUUAUGAUUUGUUGUGAUUGAUGUUGUGAAAACUGUGACUUUAGGACAUUUUGGCAAACAUAACAGGAUGCAUCAGAGUUAUAGUCAAGGUAUGGGUAAUUAUGUGAGUGCAGGCAUCCAACAAUGCUGAAUAUUUCACACCAUUGAAUGACCCAAUUAAUUGGUCCAUCUGUAGUAUGAAAUGGGACAUCUUGAGCAAUUACUUUAAUAGUGUAAGUUUGAUAAAUGUGUAGAGUCAAGGAAUCACUCGUAAUGAUAUUUAGAUAUAGUUGGCUUAAAGGGCCCUGAUUACAUUAUUGAAUAGCAACAGUAUACUUGUUAUGGACACAACUAUUUAGGUAAUAUUAAAAACAAAACCAAGUAAAACCAAAAAAAGGAACAGGCUGAAGCAAUACACCAACAAAUACAGUUUCAUAUACAAUCAAACAUAAUACAGACAAAAGUUCAGUUUCUGUUAUCAUACACAGUUUUGAUAGUCACUGAUCUUUGUUCUUAUCUUACUAUAUUCAAAAUGUUCCAAACCUCUUAAAUCAUAAUUACUAACCAUGGCCAGGCUUGGAGGUGUUCAUGUGUACUUUAUUGUUGCCCAAAUGAAAUAAACUUGCGACCAAAAGUACAAAGCAAAUACAGUUUUAAAAAGAUGCAAUAAUUCCAAACGUCGUAAGGAAUAAAAGACUAAAAGGCAAGAGAAAGAUCUGCCCAGCAAGAGUGAAAUGCCAUGUUCAGGACUGGUUCAUCAGGGGUCAGGUUUAGCUGGUUGUUUGUGUAACAAUCUGGCUGAGGUUGUAAGCAGAGAGCUUUAGCAGUCACUCCUACACUUAAAGGCUCUUUAAAGGUACAGUAGAGAGGGGCUGUUGUUUUGUGUGCAGAUCGAGGGUUUGGAUGGUUAAAAACUUGACAAAUUAAGAGAUCAUACUUAUGCAUCUAGGGAGCUUCUUGUCUCCAAAGGUUAUAUAUAUUCCCAAUGCUUCCCAAUUAAAAAGCUGCUUUGAUUUCAAGUUAACAUGAAAGGUGCGUAACCAAGCUGCCAUUUCAUUUUCAUUGAUACUCUGUAACUGCAUCAUGAAAUGUAAUCAUAAAAUAUUUGUGCUCCUGCUAAACACAUUAAUUACACAUCUUUUUUAUGUCAAGAGGAGGCACAGAUCAGUAUUUAAAACUACAAAACACAAAAUUAAAGACUCUCCUUCUUGUCUAGAGUAGAGUAAAUGAUCUGCUCUAAAUGUUAGUGUGUCAUCCAGAUUGAAAUCAGUCCUGCUGUGAGGAGGAUGGCGCUCACUGAUGCAAAAUAAAUAAUUGAUCUAUUCCCCUUAAAUGCAUCAAAGCAUGAUCAACAAGCCUGUUUUGGAAAUGUGGGAGGAUUAAAUACUCCGAUGCUUUUCUUGAAGUGCAGGGUUAAAGGAAGGUAUUGAUAAUUUAUCACGUUGAGUACUUUUCACUUUGAACCUUCGCCAUUAGAACUCUUGAGUUGAAGUGUUCUCUUACUCAACCAAGCCCAAAGUU